GUUUCAGUUAAUGACGUCAUUUGGGCACUGCGCAGAGUCAAACGCGAUUGUCAUUGAGGGCGCUCCCUCCAGGGGCGUCAAAGAAUAUGACGUCGGUCUGGAGUCACUAGGCGAACCAACGAAUGACUUUUUGAAAGUGUAUGGAAACGAAGGUGGGAGGGUUUUUUUAAAAAACGUUUUAUUACUGGCAUGUUCUUGUCUAUUUGAGUGGACAAAUUAAUUCAUCCAUUUUUGGUGCAUUUUGUGUGUGCUUGAUAUUUGUGUGCUGAUUUUUAAAUUUUAAAAUAAACAUGAAGGAUUCAAACGAUUCAAUGUUGACAAAAAGUCCCUAUUUCUUAUAGGAGUAACUCACUUAGACUGAGGCAACCUAACUUAGACCCAGGAAACCUCACUUAGACAGGGGCAACCUAACUUAGACCCAGGCAACCUCACUGAGACUCAGGCAAACUCAAUUAGACUCAGACCCACCUUGCAUAGAUUCAGACGAUCACACAGCCAUGAAAAUCGGGUCAUUCCUGAUUUAUUCAUGAGCCUCGUUUGCCAGACUCGCAUAAUUGUGCAAUAAUCGCAACAGUUGCGCGGAGCAGACCGCUCAGCGCAAUGACCUCGCCCCCCCCCCCCCCCCCCCCCCCCCCCAGCCAUGAAAGAAAAAGACGAAGAAAAGUUAUAUCGUACGAUUACUGGGGUGAUCUUUUAUAACAAACCAGUGUUUAGAGCCUAAAGCACGCAUAGCUCAAAGACAUGAUGGAAAUGAGCAAACAAAAAUAUGUUGUUUACGUGUAAAAAGCUAUUUGGUGUGCACAUCUCAAUGUCACUUAACGAACUUAGAGUUUAAAUAGACGAGAACGUUAGAAAUAUUCUUAACAUACACUGUACACACAUGCAUACACUAUACACACCUGCAUACACUGAACACGCAUACAUACACUUUACACACAUGCAUUACACUGUACACAAAGACAUACACUUUACACGCCUAUAUACUCUGUACACAAACAUACACUGAACACACAUAAUAUUGUAUCAAUCAUCAAUAAAAUUGUUUGUUGAAAGACGUAUACAUAAGAAGUAAAACUGAUAGAUUUCUAAAGGUGGCUCCCAGUCACUCAAUAAUUUUGGCUUUGGCCCUACCUACUUGUGUGAGAAUGCCUCACUACCAACUAGUGUGAGAAUGCCUCACUACCAACUAGUGUGAGAAUACCUCACUACCAACUAGUGUGAGAAUACCUCACUACCUACUUCUUUGAGAAGACCUAAAUACUUAGUUGUUUGAGAAGACCUCACUACCUACUUGUGUGAGCAGACCUCAUUAUAAGCAACGUGUGUGAGAAGACCUCACUGCCUACGUGUGUGAGAUGACCUCACUACCUACUUGUGUGAGCAGACCUCAUUAUAAGCUACGUGUGUGAGAAGACCUCACUGCCUACGUGUGUGAGAAGACCUCACUGCCUACGUGUGUGAGCAGACCUCACUAGAUACUUGUCUGCGGUGACAUUUCAAAAUUGAAACAUGUCAAAUCUAGCCACAGAGAGGCCUUAUUUGAAUGAAACAUGUCAAAUCUAGCCACAGAGAUGCCUUAUUUGAAUGAAACAUGUCAAAUCUAGCCACAGAGAGGCCUUAUUUGAAUGAAACAUGUCAAAUCUAGCCACAGAGAGGCCUUAUUUGAAUGAAACAUGUCAAAUCUAGCCACAGAGAGGCCUUAUUUGAAUGAAACAUGUCAAAUCUAGCCACAGAGAGGCCUUAUUUGAAUGAAACAUGUCAAAUCUAGCCACAGAGAGGCCUUAUUUGAAUGAAACAUGUCAAAUCUAGCCACAGAGAGGCCUUAUUUGAAUGAAACAUGUCAAAUCUAGCCACAGAGAGGCCUUAUUUGAAUGAAACAUGUCAAAUCUAGCCACAGAGAGGCCUUAUUUGAAGAGCACACACUUUUGUACGAUAAGAGGAUCUGCACGGUAGUGACUUUGAGCCUCGUCUUAAUGGGAUCAUCGCAGAAAAGAAACAUGUUGAUACUUCUCGCUGAUGGGAAAAGACGACUGUGCAAUUCAAAUGUCUUUGCAUCUUAUAAGACCGCACUUUGGAAUCUAUAUUAAAUCAAUGUUAUCAAUGUCAUCUAUGCAUCUAUGCCAUUAAUGUCAUCUUUGUCAUCAAUUUCAUCUAUGUCAUCAAAAUCAUCGCUGCCAUCUAUGUCAUCUAUGGCAUCAAAAUCUUCUCUGCUAUCUAUGUCAUCUAUGACAUCAAUGCCAUCUCUUCCAUCUUGUCGUCUAUGUCAUCAAUAUGAUCUCUGACAUCAAUAUCAUCUAUGUCAUCAAUGUCAUCUUUGUCAUCGAUGUUAUCUAUGUUAUCUAUGUUAUCUAUGUUAUCUAUGUUAUCUAUGUUAUCUAUGUCAUCUAUGUCAAUGUCAGCUGUGUCAGAGAAGCACGCAUUUAUAGCUUCAUUGUGUAUUUUGACAAGGCAAAAUGUGUGUUUACAUGUAUUUUUAAUACAAUAAAACUAUGGGAUAUUCUCCAAUAAUACAAAGAAGCAACCUUGAAUGUGUCAAUAUCUAUCCCUCCCCCAUCUCCCCCCCCCCCCCCCCCCCCAGCAUGACAAGAUUUUCUAACUUCACUUGUCAAAAACAUUUGACCGACCACUGACUUAGGCGGCCAUCUAAUAGACUCAUCUAUGCAUUUGGACACGCCACCUUUUCAUUUGGAUACGCCCACUUUUCAUUUGGACACGCCCACUUUUCAUUUCGACACGCCUACUUUUCAUUUGGGUGCGCCUACUUUUCCUAUAUUUCUCUGUUGCCAAUUCAUUAAGUUUUUUUUUUUUAAUCUAAAAAAACACACAUUUUUUCCGUCGAUCCUCAGGUUCUUCCUUAGUCAAGCCCUUAAAUGGUGACGUCACUGUGACGGUUGAAAACGACAUGGUUAUGUCUAUUGAUAGGGUCAGGGAGCUAUACACCAGGUUAGCUGUUUGAAAAUAAGUGUGGGACGGGGCCAAAAGCUUAGCCAGCCUCCAGCCCUAGUCUGAUUUUUUUUUUUUAAAUCAACAAUUACAAUACAUUUUCAAAUAUUUUAAAAAUAAUUUUACUUGUCUAUCUGUCAGCCAAUCGUCCAAGCCUCAGAGACUAAGUAAACGUAAAGCUACCAGACCCGAACAGUACAGGUGGCCCAACGCCAUCAUACCUUACGAUUUUGUGGAGAAGGACUUCAGUAAGUUGGCGAAUACCCCGAUGUGAGACUGACCAUCUUGAAGGUCUCCAUGGUGUAGGACCUCAAACCGCAUUGACACGUUUAUAACACGCUCUCUUUUGAUAUACCCACGGCCAUGCCGAGACAAAGUGGAGCCCCGGGCGAAGACUGGAAAGGCGCCCACCAAUAUAUAUAUAUACAAAGUGCCACCAGGCAGUGGCGUAGCGAGGGUGUUUGGCGCCCGGGGACAAGAUUCACGCCCGGGGACGAGAUCCAUUUUUAGCGCCCCUUUUUCUUUUUUUUCAACUCUCAAACCCAUUAUUUUCAUCAAUAAAAUAAUAUCAAAGCACAUCUUAACGCCCCUAACUAGCUGGCGCCCGGGGACAUCUGUCCCCCCCUGCCCCCACCACGCUACGCCUCUGCCACCUGGGGCAGAUGAGUAAAAAGACCAUUUUGACGCCCCUAACUAGCUGGCGCCCGGGGACAUCUGUCCCCCCCUGCCCCCACCACGCUACGCCUCUGCCACCAGGGGCGGAUGAGUAAAAAGACCAUUUUGACGCCCCUUGUCUUUGUAUGGCGUUUCAUAGUGUCAUUCACUACAAACGUCUUAUCUAAAGACGAUUUACGCGCCUUUUGAUGUUGGCGCCUGUGGCAAGUGCUUCCUUCACCCCCGCCCUUCCCCCCACCCCCUCCCUUUUUUUUUGCACGACCCUGGAUACACAUGAUCCUUGUGACUAGGCCAGAGAUAUAUGUUAUGCAAACACUCGUCCAAACUGAAAUAUCCGUACCAUCUUAGAACACACAAUGCUCCAUUGUUGUUCUCAUCCCACCUAACACCCCAUUACAGUUUAAAAAGGAAUAAACAGAGGCUAAUCUCACAGUUGAUUUCGUUCACAUUUCAAAAGUGAAAACAAACACAAACAAACCUGGCGCCUGCCGCCUGUCUACGAGGAUAUUAGAACGGCAACUUGUGUGUGUGUGGCCACGCGUGUGGUCGUGUGUGUGCGGCCCUGUGUGUGGCCACGCGUGUGGUCGUGUGUGUGACCCUGGCUGUGUGACCCUGGCUGUGUGACUCCUGGCUGUGUGACCCUGGCUGUGUGACCCUGGCUGUGUGACCCUGGCUGUGUGACCCUGGCUGUGUGACCCCUGGCUGUGUGACCCUGGCUGUGUGACCCUGGCUGGGUGGCCCUGGCAGUGUGUGGCCACGCGUGUGGUCGUGUGCGUGCCCCUGGCUGUGUGGCCCUGGCUGUGUGACUCCUGGCUGUGUGACCCUGGCUGUGUGACCCUGGCUGUGUGACCCUGGCUGUGUGACCCUGGCUGUGUGACCCCUGGCUGUGUGACCCUGGCUGUGUGACCCUGGCUGUGUGGCCCUGGCUGUGUCCAGGUUUAAUGUCGCAGCGACCACGAAAAAACCUUGUAGUUCGACGAAAAUGCCGCCCCUCAGUAUGUAGAGGGAAAGCGCCGCCCAGGGCGGACCACCCCUGCCGCCCCCAUUACGCUACGCCACUGGCUGUGUCCCUUCGUAGGGCCCUUCGUAUGGCCCUGCAUGUGGACCUGCGUGUGUCCCUGUGUGUGUCCGUGUGUGUGGCCCUGUGUAUGUACCUGUGUAUGUGGCUCUGUGUGGUUCUGUGUGUGGUUCUGCGUAUGUGCCUGUGUGUGGCCCUGCGUGUGGCCCUGUGUGUGGCCUUUCUCGUGGCAUCAUUGAACCAUCCCUCUCCGUGGCACUGUAAAAUGCAGCGACGUAUUGUAAAAAAAUUCCUUCUCAAGCAUUUCAUUACAUGAUAUAAUAUCACCUUCUACUCUGCCCCAGACUCUUCCGAAGUGAAACAAAUCAAAGACGCCAUGCAGACGUGGAUGAACCGGACAUGCCUGGUGUUUAGACCAGCUGUGGCCAGUGACUGGAACAGGAUCAGAUUCAAGAACGGAACUGGGUCAGUGACCUACUCAUAUUUUUUGUCUCUGUUACUAAGCGUUAGUUCAAAAAGUGGCUUAACGAUCGCAGAGAAACCCACGAAGGUAUCAGGAUCCCCUCAGUGCUGAGAGGGCUCCGAAAAAUCUUGUCAUCACAGGGUUUGUGACACUCAAAGACAGUUUCGUGUGUGUGUGUAGUGUGUUUGUGUGUGUUGAAUUGGGGGUAUAGACUAUAGAUCUAGAGUAGUUCAACCAGUUUGUCUUAAAUGGCAUCACUUUCUUCUAUGGCAUGGAAAACCCAACAGUGGCCAGAUGACAAUGUCUCCUUUUGGGAACACCGAAAAGUAAAUUGACAAAAUUAAAUAGUUUGACGAAGAAACUAAAGACGAAAACGAUUGUUCCAUUGAGCUGUCGUGGAAAGUUUCACCCGGGGAGGGGAGCAGGUGAUCACAUCCUUUGGGUGUUAGGUUAUAUAUAAACUAGGGGGUGGGGGGUCAGUAGGUUAUAUAUAAACGAAGGGUUGGUGGUCAGUAGGUUAUAUAUAAACGAAGGGGUGGGGGGGGGUCCGUAAUUAUCUAUAAAUAAAAAGCGAUUCCUAAAAUUAUUUUUUGCUGUUUAAAUUCUUUUUUUUUUUUGCGAUUAAAACGUUUGAAAUAAUGUGUAAAUGACCUUUCAGUUGUAACUCACAAGUUGGAAGAGUGGGAGGGGAUAAUUAUCUAUAAAUAAAAAGUGAUUCCUAAAAUUAUUUUUUGCUGUUUAAAUUCUUUUUUUUUUUUGCGAUUAAAACGUUUGAAAUAAUGUGUAAAUGACCUUUCAGUUGUAACUCACAAGUUGGAAGAGUGGGAGGGGCCCAGCCAAUCAAUCUUCAGUCGGGAAUGUGUAGAACGGUAGGUGAAAGGCCACGCUAAGGAAAGUGGAGUCGGCGAUAAAUAAGAAUGUAACCCAAUUUAAUUACGUACCAAAAGAAUAAUCUUUGCUUGAUGUUUUUUUAUACUGAUGUUUUACCAAUUCACCCCCCCCCCCUUUUCCCUCAUGCCCCACUCUGGCCGUUGCCAGUGGUUCUUAUACCUACACGAACUCGGACACGCCAUUGGACUUGUUCAUGAACACCAACUCCCGGAGCGGGACGAAUACAUCAAAGUGAACCUCAACAACGUCUCCCCGGAGAUGAGAAGAUGGUUUGAUAAGUACACGGCGGAGCAGAUCAACAACUACGGUGUGCCCUACGAGUACUCCUCUGUCAUGCACUACGGGAUUUCGGUAAUUAGGCUUACACUUCUGCUUGAUUUGUUAACAAGGGCAGAAGUCAGAAAAAAAAAAAAAACCAGCUAAAAGAACAAAAUAACACAAAAACACUAAGUUUUACUUUUAAUAAAUUCAAGAGACGUACACCAGAUGGGCCUUUUAAAUGUGGGAAUAUAUAUUUUUUAUCAUUCAAAUUUUCUCAAAUUUUCGCACCAAUCUAUUUUAACUUUAUUUAUAUUUAUGUAAAUUAUAAAAUAAUUUCAAAUUAAAGCUACACCAGUGUAAUUUUAAAUCCUUUAUAUAUUAAUUUCGCUUUUAAUCGUGUGUUUGUGGCAAAAUCUUCGUAAGGCUGAAUGCUACAAUUUACGUCACCCUAUCGAGCUGAAAACUUGGCGCAAAGACUCGAUGCCGAUGACAAAACUUUCUUUCAAAUUUUCAGCCCAAUCCCCACCACUACCUCCCUCCCCCCCUUUUACGUAUUAAAAUUCCAGAUAGGUGCGCUUAAUGGGAUUCUAAAAAAAUAUCGCAAAUGCGUUUGGUGCGCAAUAUUUUCUUUUUGUUUACGGAAAUAGUUGGUGUAAUAUAUCUGCUGUGCAAAAGCGGGCGGUGCAUUAACAUAUUAAUAUAUUUCAGGGGGCGUGAAACUAAAAAUGUUCGGUUGCGAGCCUCGGGGGAGCGGGGAGCACUAAUUGGGAUUCUUAUAAAGUGCGUGACUUGAACUUGAAUGCAUGUAUUGUCACAUUUUCAGCAUUACACCCAAAUAAUUAUAUUAACUGCACUUGUGUUCGUGUUUCUUUCUUGCAAAAUCUUUGGAAGGCUAAUUGGCCCAUUUCUCGUCAUUCUAUCGAGCUGACAUUUGGCACAUAGACUCGUUACCGAUGACAACACAUUCUUUCAAAUUUUCAGCCCUACCCCCAAAUAAUUAUAUUAACUGCAAAUUUUUUAGCGUUUCUUUCUUGAAAAAUCUUUGGAAGGCUAAUAGACCCAUUUCUCGUCAUCCUAUCGAGCUGAAACUUGACACAUAGACUGUUACCAUUGACAACGCAUUCUAUAAAAUUUUCAGCGCCAGCCCGCAAGCCUCAUCUUAAGAACUGUAGCCAUCGCUAAGUCGUCCGAAAAUGCAUGCAAUGUAAACGAUUUAAAAGAAAAAAAACCUUUUUUUUGUUGUUGUUGUUGUUGGGGGUUGUUUAGUUUCAAGACAAUUCUAUAAAAUCAGCCAAACUUGAUUUUUUAAUCAAACUUGAGUAGCCUAACGAUGUCCAAUUGUUCAGGCUUUCGCUCACGAUCAAAAGGCUCAGACCAUUUUACUACACGAUGAGACCCGCGAACAUGAAGUUGGUGAAGUUUGGUUCAGAGGUCUGGCCUUUUCUGACGUCAAGGUGGCCAAUCUCAUGUACAGGUGCCACAGUGAGUUGCUUCUUGCUACGCACGAAUUACAAUCCUUGAAUGGUCUACCUUAGUUGUCUGUACCUGCAGUGUGGUCCUCUCUGAGCAAGUUGUGUUCCCCUGCACGUGCAACCUUCAAUGUAAAUUGUCUGCCCCUGCAUUUUAAAAUGUAAGAGAGCUGCUUCAGAGUAAACUGCCUGCCUCCACAUGUGCAACUAUCAGACUUCUGAGUAAAUUGCCUGCCUCCACAUGUGCAACUAUCAGACUUCUGAGGAAAUUGUCGCACCUGCAUGUAUAAUUACCAGAGAGCUGCUUCAGAGUAAGUUGUUUGCCCCUACAUUUGCAAUCAUCAGAGAGCUGCUUUAGAGUACGUUGUCUACCCCUGCAUGUGCAGCUAUCAGAGACCUGUUUCAUUGUAAGUUGUCUGCCCCUGCAUGUGCAACUAUAUGAGAGAUAAUUCAUAGUAAGUUGUCUGCCCCUGCAUGUGCAACUAUAUGAGAGAUAAUUCAGAGUAAGUUUUCUGCCCCUGCAUGUGCAACUAUCAGAGAGCAACUGCUUCAGAGUAAGUUUUCUGCCCUUGCAUAUGAAAGUAUCAGAGAGCAACUUCAGAGUAAGUUGUCUGCCCCUGCAUGCACAACUAUAUGAGAGCAACUUCAGAGUAAGUUGUCCACCCCUGCAUGUGCAACUAUCAGACAGCAACUGCUUCAGAGUAAGUUGUCUGCUCUUGCAUAUGAAACUAUCAGAGUGUUGCUUCAGAGUAAGUUGUCUGCCCUUACAUUUGCAACUAUAUGAGAGCUGCUUCUGAGUAAGUUGUCUGACCCUGCCUGUGCAAAUAUCAGAGUGGUGCUUCAACUUAAAUGGACGUCAUCGUUUACUUUGACUGUUUCUAGCACCUUAUCUCUUUGACUGUUUCUAGUACCUUAUCUCUUUGACUGUUUCUAGCACCAUAUCUCUUUGACUGUUUCAAGCACCUUAUCUCUUUGACUGUUUCUAGUACCUUAUCUCUUAUUGGACACAAGCCGGGCAGCUGGCCAGCAGCUGGGUUUGGACAAAGGCUUAGUUGUGCAAUAUCGGCAAAUUUCUAUAGGGUUUAAGCGUAUAUAGCUGGGGCACCAGUGUGGACUUUGACCAGGGCUACAAAAGACCGCACUCCUUCUCUGGUGGUCAAACUUCACAAGAAGUUGUUUGUUCUGUUAAAUAUAAAAUAUUCAUUCAUGUUUUUAUUUUCUAAUUUUUAAUGAAUCAAUUAUUUAACACAUUCCAACAAAAAAAAAAGUAAAAAUUUAAUAUCAAUAGUUGUGGAAAAGUUUUUUUUUUUUUUUUUUUUUUUUUUUGGGGGGUUUGAGGGGUAAUGUGCUAACAGUCCCCCAUUUAAAAGUAAUAAUUCCAGAAUGAAUCGGAUGAAAUAAUGUUUACUUUCCCCAAUACAGUGUACCAUUUUUGUUUUAACAGGGAUAAUUUCUUUCAUUUGAAAGCCAAUUUAGAUAACUCCAUGCACCUGUACUCAAUAUUGUCUUCUCAUAGAAAACUGCCCCCCUGAUCCCAAGUGUAAGGAACCAGGCUACCAAAACAAGACUUGUCACUGUGUGUGCCCACCUGACGUAGACUGCACCAAGGAAGGAAAUCUGCCCCGUAAAGGGGGCGGUUGGGGAAUACCCUCAGGUUUGAUGCGUCGCUGUUUUUUUUUUUUAAAUCAUCAUUUAAUACUCAAUGGCAUGUGGGUAACAUGUGGGUGGCACGUGGGUAGCAUGUGGGUAACAUGUGGGUGGCAUGUGGGUGGCACGUGGGUAGCAUGUGGGUGGCAUGUGGGUGGCACGUGGGUGGCACGUGGGUAGCAUGUGGGUGGCAUGUGGGUAGCAUGUGGGUAGCAUGUGGGUGGCAUGUGGGUAGAAUGUGGGUGGCAUGUGGGUAGCAUGUGGGUGGCAUGUGGGUGGCAUGUUGGUGUCAUGUGGAGGUGGCACGUGGGUAGCACGUGGGUAGCAUGUGGGUGGCACGUGGGUGGCACGUGGGUAGCAUGUGGGUGGCAUGUGGGUAGCAUGUGGGUAGCAUGUGGGUGGCAUGUGGGUAGCAUGUGGGUGGCAUGUGGGUAGCAUGUGGGUAGCAUGUAGGUGGCAUGUGGGUAACAUGUGGGUAGCAUGGGCCAUUGUUGUUUAGCCUCAAUAACACUUAAGAGCAUGACUGUUUCACUUCAUGCUUACUUCUUUCUUUCUUUCUACGCUUCAAGUCAGAUCAUUAAUGUGAUGUCAGAUUUAAUUGAAUGUUUAUGGUGUAGGAAUGUCUGACCAGAUAGAAACACUAUAACGUGAGGUCAUAUUUUUUUAUUUGACCUUUUAGAAUGUAGGAAUGUCUGGCCGGAUACAACCUGUGCAGAGUGGGCAAGUGCAGGGGAAUGCACCGCCAACCCUGUGUGGAUGAAGGAGAACUGUCGAAGGUCUUGCAAGAAAUGCAUUGGAGGUUAGUGGAUGUGAAAUUUUUAUAAGCCUUAGCUAUAGUUGAUUGCCUCUUCUGGAGUGGUAUGGAAUAAUUUUAAAUGGCAAAUACAUGACUGUGAAGUUAAGAGACACUGGAGUUGAGAAUGGUUUUGUGACCCAUUAAUAAUGAUUUGAGAUAAUUGUUUGAAUUAGACAUGAGUGAUGUCUAACACAAGUAGCGAUGAAUGACUUGCAGUCAUUGGAUCUCCAUUUGUUUCAGCUUGUAGCAAUGUAUGGCCUGAAGAAGAUUGCAAACGUUGGGCACAAAACGGAGAGUGUGUCCGAAACAAGAAGUGGAUGGAGGACAGCUGCCAAAAGUCAUGUAAUGCAUGCAUAGAAGGUGAAGAACUAACACUAUAAAAUUGAUAAAUAUACAUUCAUGAAGUGAGAACUGCUAUUGCUCAAAAUAAAAUGUUUAUAAAAAAAAGUUAUGUUCAACAAUUAUGACAAACUAAUUUAAGUUUGUAAAAAAAUUAUGGAAUAUUUAUGAAAACUAAGAAACUAAUUGUUUUUCAAAGUAAGAAGUAAACAUUCUCACCUCUCUUUUUAAUUACUUACAUGUUCAAAAACAUGUCAUCUGUCAUUCAUCCAUGGUACAUGCAUAUGACGCAGCGGCAUGUUAGGGAAAAAAAACACAUAUUUUCAAGACUAUAGGGAAGCAUGCUUGGGAAAAAUUUCACCACUAUCUUGUUAUGUAUGGCAUUUCAGCAUAAGAUAGAGACAGAGGUUUGCAAUUAAAGCCUUUAUCUGAGCUACAAAUUUAAUCACCAUCAUUCUUUUUUUUUUUUUUCUUUUAAAUCGUAAUAAAUCUUUCGACAGCAGCUGCCCCAACAACAACAACAAAGUCCACUAUCGUAUGGGAUUUCGAAAAAGAAGCAUCUUCAAAACCUGAGGCGGUUUCCCCAAAUCCUGAAUAUUUUACAGUUCAGGAUGAGUUCAGUGGCUCUUCCCGUUUAACUUUUGAAAAUUCCCAACCAUCUGACGAGCCUUUGCCAACUACUAGAAAAACAGACACGACGACAACAAAAAUGAUUGCGUCUGCAACUACACAGUUUUUUUCGCCCACAACGAGCAAAGCACCAGGUAAGAAAAAUUAUUAAAAAAAAUUAUCUUCUUAUAAUACACAGAUCUAAAAUUUAAUUAUGAAGAUUGAAAUCCUAAAAUCUGAAAAGGAAAGUUACCCACUGAAAAUCAUGAAGUGGCCAAAGAAUAUUUGCAUCAACAAUACUGUCCUAUCAGAAGUCACAAUUUAUAUUUCAACAUCAUUUCGACGUUGAAAUGACAUGCAAUGAGAUGACAUACCAUAAAAUGAGAUGAAAUGCCAUACAAUGAGAUGACAUGCCAUAAAAUGAGAUGACAUGCCAUAAAAUGAGAUGACAUGCCAUAAAAUGAGAUGACAUACCAUAAAAUGAGAUGAUAUGCCAUAAAAUGAGAUGAAAUGACAUAAAAUGAGAUGACAUGCCAUAAAAUGAGAUGACAUGCCAUAAAAUGAGAUGACAUGGCAUAAAAUGAGAUGACAUGGCAUAAAAUGAGAUGACAUGCCAUACAAUGAGAUGACAUGCCAUAAAAUGAGAUGACAUGCCAUAAAAUGAGAUGACAUGCCAUACAAUGAGAUGACAUGCCAUAAAAUGAGAUGACAUGCCAUAAAAUGAGAUGACAUGCCAUACAAUGAGAUGACAUGCCAUAAAAUGAGAUGACAUGCCAUACAAUGAGAUGACAUGCCAUAAAAUGAGAUGACAUGCCAUAAAAUGAGAUGACAUGCCAUAAAAUGAGAUGACAUGCCAUACAAUGAGAUGACAUGCCAUACAAUGAGAUGACAUGCCAUACAAUGAGAUGACAUGCCAUACAAUGAGAUGACAUGCCAUAAAAUGAGAUGACAUGCCAUAAAAUGAGAUGACAUGCCAUACAAUGAGAUGACAUGCCAUACAAUGAGAUGACAUGCCAUAAAAUGAGAUGACAUGCCAUAAAAUGAGAUGACAUGCCAUAAAAUGAGAUGACAUGCCAUAAAAUGAGAUGACAUGCCAUACAAUGAGAUGACAUGCCAUAAAAUGAGAUGACAUGCCAUAAAAUGAGAUGACAUGCCAUAAAAUGAGAUGACAUGCCAUACAAUGAGAUGACAUGCCAUACAAUGAGAUGACAUGCUUCUCUUUGUGGUGCCUCAAAUAAAGGGAAAUUGCCAUUAAAUUUAUUUGAUGAGUUAAUACAUUUGCUAGGGGACGAGUCAAUAAUUUAUUUCACCAGAGGACAGUUCUGUACAUUCACAUAUUUUUUUUUGGUCAAUGAAAUUGUUAUAUGAAUCUUAGAGAUAUGAAUCUUAGAGAUAUGAAUCUUAGAGUUAUGAAUCCUAGAGAUAUGAAUCUUAUAUAUAUGAAUCUUAGAGAUGUGAAUCUUAGAGAUAUAAAUCUUAGAGAAUAAUACAUUUGGGAAAUCAUUCAUGAAACGUUCCGGUCUCGUGCCACCUGCCUGGGCCAGGCUUGAAAUGAAAUUACUUGGACUUAAUGGUUGGGCCAAUGAGAACAACUUAUGUUAUUGGGCACCUCAUCGAUAAUUUUUACUUUAAAAAUAUGAGAUGAGAAGAUUUAAAAAUUAGUAAACUACCAUUUCUUUCAUAGUGUGUUCUAUAUAUAAUAAACAUUCUAUAACCUUGUAAGACAGUGUUCAUGAACAUCUACUAUCCCUUCAGAAAAACUGCCUUCCUAAACUUUCACACCAACCUUUAUACUUCUGUACCAAUUAAAAAAUGGUCUUCUACUAAGUUAUAACAUCACUGCAUGCAAACAGCCGGGACUUCUACUAAGUGAAAACAUCACUGCAUGCAAAUAACUGGGGCUUCUACCAAGUGAAAACAUCACUGCAUGCAAAUAAAACAAGAAGAAAUUGUGCAUGGCAUCUCACUUAUGUUUCAUCCGUUCAAACUUCAAACCCACAGAGACUAACACCAAUCACUCGCCCCAACUCAUUUUAUCCCUUAUUUUUAUUUGACGAUCCAGCUACUACUUGUAACAACAGGUGGGCAGACAAAAGCUGCAAUGCCUGGGCUUCCAGGGGAGAUUGUGUGUACAACCCAUCCUGGAUGAAGAAGCACUGUGCCAAGUCUUGUGCUGUGUGCUGACAAGGCGGAACAUGGACUUAUUGAUAGAUUGAUGUAGGCCUAUGGUUCAAAUGAGACAAGAGUCCAUUCCUAGAGACCCUACUGAAUUAUAAGUUGGUGGGUUUUGGAAGAAAAUAAAAAUGAGGGGGAAAGGGAAAGGGGGGGGGGGGGGUGCGCUUUUUUAGAUUUUAAUUUUUUCCCUUUGUUUUUUUUAAAAAAAAAAA